AUGUCGGAAGUUAACAUUGAUGCAGGAUUGUUUUAUAAACGAUUAUCAAUUUUUCAAAAACAAUUAACUGCCAACAAUAUACCUCAAGCAUUAAUUAUUGUUGGUGCUCGUAGUGAUGAUAACACUUAUAAAAAAUCAACAGUUUUACAAAAUUGGUUAUUAGGUUAUGAAUUCAUUCAUACAGCAAUUUAUAUCACUGAUAAGAAAUGUAUUUUCAUUACUUCGGAAGGGAAAUCCAAACAUUUAAAACAUUUGACUAAUCAAAAACCUGAUUUGGUUGAAUUAUGGAUUAGAACUAAAGAUGUUGAACAUAAUAAACAAUUGUUUAUUAAAUUAUUGGAAACAAUGACAAAAUUAGAUUCUAAAUAUGGGAAAAUUUUAAAAGAUAAAUAUGAUGGGAAAUUUAUUGAUGAAUGGAAUCAAAUUUUGAAUGAUGAUAACAACAACAACAACAACAAUACCACCAACGACCACGCGUUGAGUGCUGUUGAUUUGGCCGUUACGGUUUCUCAAGCAUUAGCAGUUAAAGAUUCUGAAGAGUUUAAUAAUACCAAGAUUGCAUCUAAUGCCAGUGUAGUUAUGAUGGAUACAUUUGUUAAUGAUAUGAUGAUUAUUGUUGAUGAUGAGAAAAAAAUCACCAAUAGUCAAUUGACUGAUCAAAUUGAAGAUAAAAUUGAAAAUAAUAAAUGGUAUUUAAAAACUAAAUUAGGGAAAAAUUUAUUACAAUCAAUUAAAGAUUUUGAUCCAGAAUAUCUUGAAUAUUGUUAUUCACCGAUUAUUCAAAGUGGUGGUGAUUAUGAUUUAAAACCAAGUGCUGUUUCCACUGAUAAACCAUUAAUUGGUGAAGGGGUCAUUUUAUCAUCAAUUGGUUUAAGAUAUAAAUCUUAUUGUUCUAAUAUUGCCAGAACAUUUUUAAUUGAUCCAACUAGUGAAAUGGAAACUAAUUAUGAUUUCUUAUUACAAUUACAAAAAUAUAUUGUUGAUAAUUUAUUGAAAGAUGGUGUCCCGGCUAAUAAAGUUUAUCAAGACACGAUAGACUAUAUUAAAAAGGAAAGACCAGAUUUAGUUAAUCAUUUCACGAAAAACUGUGGUUGGUUAUUAGGUAUGGAAUUUAGAGAUCUGACAUUUAUUUUAAAUGCUAAAACUACUGAUAGAAAAUUGACUACUGGACAAAUCAUUUCUUUAACUAUUGGAUUCAAUAAUUUAUCAAAUGAUAAAAAUGAUAAAAAUGAUAAAAAUGAUAAUAAGACAAAUCAUCAAAAAAAUAAACAAACUUAUGCUUUAUUAUUGACUGACACAAUUAAAAUUACUGAUGAUUCAUCAAUCUUAUUAACCAAUUAUUCAAAAGAUAGAGCUGCCAUUAGUUUCUCCUUCAAUGAUGAUAAUGAGACCCAGAAGGAAAAUAAUAAUAACAAUAAUAAACGACCAGGAUUAUCCCAGACAUCAAACACCACAGCCUUGAAGUUAGAGUCUACAGAAAAUACUGCUAUUCUUAAAUCGAAAUUACGUCAUGAAAAUACUAAUGCUGAUGAUGCCAAUUCUGAAAAAUUAAGACAAGAAAUUCAAAUAAAAUUACAUGAAAAAAGAUUACAAGAAGGAUUAGCAAGAUUUUCAAAAGCUGAUGCCACUGAUGCUGAUGAUUUUAAACCAAUUUUUAAAAAAUAUGAAUCUUAUGUUAGAGAAUCACAAAUCCCUAAUAGUGUUAAUGAUUUAAAAAUUCAUAUUGAUUAUAAAAAUCAAACAAUAAUUUUACCAAUUUCUGGUCGUCCCGUUCCAUUUCAUAUCAAUUCUUAUAAGAGUGGAUCACAAAAUGAAGAAGGAGAUUUCACUUAUCUUCGAUUAAAUUUUAAUUCACCAGGUGCUGGUGGGAAUGUCACCAAAAAACAAGAAUUACCUUAUGAAGAUUCCCCUGAUAAUUCAUUUUUAAGAUCAAUUACUAUUCGGUCAAGAGAUCGUCAAAGAAUGGUUGAUGUUUAUAAAGCCAUUCAAGAUUUGAAAAAAGAUUCUGUUAAACGAGAACAAGAAAAGAAACAAAUGGCUGAUGUUAUCACUCAAGCUAAUUUAAUUGAAUUAAAAGGUUCAAGAGUUAAAAAAUUAAAUAAUGUAUUUAUUAGACCAACACCUGAUACGAAAAAAAUUGGAGGAGUUUUACAAAUUCAUGAAAAUGGGUUAAGAUAUCAAUCACAACCACAAUCACAAUCAAAUUUUAAAAAUGAUCAAAGAGUUGAUGUAUUAUUUUCCAAUAUUAAACAUUUAUUUUUCCAACCUUGUAAAGAUGAAUUAAUUGUUUUAAUUCAUUGUCAUUUGAAAAAUCCAAUCAUGAUUGGUAAAAGGAAAACUUUUGAUGUUCAAUUUUAUCGUGAAGCUAGUGAUAUGGCAUUUGAUGAAACUGGUGGUCGUAAACGGAAAUAUCGUUAUGGAGAUGAAGAUGAAUUACAACAAGAACAAGAAGAACGAAGAAGGAAAGCCCUCUUGGAUAAAGAAUUUAAAGGAUUUGCUGAAUUAAUUGCUGAUUCUUCUCAUGGUAUGGUUGAUUUAGAUAUUCCAUUCCGAGAAUUAGGAUUCCAAGGGGUUCCAUUUAGAUCCUCAGUAUUAUGUGUUCCUACAAGAGAUUGUCUUGUUCAAUUAAUUGAUCCACCUUAUUUAGUCGUCACAUUAGAAGAAAUUGAAAUUGCUCAUUUAGAAAGAGUUCAAUUUGGGUUAAAAAAUUUCGAUUUAGUGUUUGUUUUCAAAGAUUUUAAUAAACCCGUGGUUCAUAUUAAUACUAUCCCCGUGGAAUUAUUAGAAGAUGUUAAAUCUUGGUUAACUGAUGUUGAUAUUCCUAUAAGUGAAGGACAAAUGAAUUUAAAUUGGGUACAAAUUAUGAAAACUGUAUUGGCAGAUCCUUAUCAAUUUUUCAUUGAUGGUGGUUGGGCAUUUUUAACUGGUCAAGGUGAAAGUGAUGAAGAAGAAGAAAGUGAUGAAGAAAGUGAUUUCCGUGUUAGUGAUGAAGAUCCUCAAGAUGAAGAUGAAGAAAGUGAUGAUUAUGCUAGUGAAGAAGAAAGUGAUGAUUAUUCUGGAAGUGAUGAUGAUGGUAGUGGUGGUGGUGGUGAUGAUGAUGAUGAUGAUUCAGAAAGUGGAGAAGAUUGGGAUGCAUUAGAAAGAAAAGCUGCUAAAGCCGAUAGAAAUUCUGGUUUUGAUUAA